AUGAUUCCCCACGUCCUUGUUUCCGGCUUGGCCGCCUCUGCCCUGGUGAGCGGAGCGCUGGCGAGCUCGGCCCCGAUUGUCAAGACCAGCUACGGUAAAGUGCUGGGCACCACCUCGGAGUAUGUGGAUGGGAUCAACGUCUGGAAGAACAUUCCCCAUGCGGCACCCCCGACUGGGGAGCGUCGGUUCAAAGCCCCCGUGAAGCCCUCCCGCUGGGACGGCGUGCGGAAUGCGACUGUCUUCGGCCCACAGUGCAUGCAGCCGAACACGGGCUCGUCGAUCUUCACCAUCGGCAGCGACUACAUGAGCGAGGACUGUCUGUCGGUCAACAUCUGGGCCCCCGCCAAUGCGACGGCGGGCGACAACCUCCCGGUCUACAUGUGGAUCUACGGUGGUCGAUUCUACGUGGGCUCGAACGACGUGCCCACCUACGACGGCGCCUCGCUCGCCUCGCAGGGGAUGAUCGUCGUGACCAUCAACUACCGUCUGGGAGUCCUGGGUUUCAUGGCGCACCCGGAGCUGUCGGCCGAGGCUGGGGCCCAUAACAGCUCCGGCAACUACGGUGUGCUCGACAUGAUCUCGGCGCUGGAGUGGGUGCACGAGGAGAUUGCCCAGUUCGGCGGCAACCCCGACCACAUUACCGUCGGGGGCCAGUCGGCCGGCUCGUCGGGGGCGCUGGACAUGAUGUACAGCCCUUUGACGGAGGGGCUGGGGGUGGUCGGCGUCAUUGCUGAGACGGGCGCCCGCGGCGUCCGUGACCCCAUGAUGGGGGGCGCCUCGACCAGCUACCGCCAGAAGGAGAACGCAGAGAACUACGGCCAGAUCUUCCUAGAGUCGCUCAACAUGACCUCGAUCGCUGAGCUGCGUGCGCUCAACGCUUCGGAUCUCACUUCCUACGGCUUCUCCAACGGCAUCUGGUACGAGCCGACUCCCUACGUCAACAUCACCGCCUUCAUGGAGCCCCCGGAGUGGCGCCCCGUGCACGACGGCUAUGUCUUGCCCCUGGGCUACGGCGAGUCGCUCCGCCAGAACAGCCAUCGUGAUGUGCCCAUCCUGACAGGCAACAACAAGGAUGAGUCCGGGGCCGAGGAGACCCAGGACUACACGCUGGCCAGCUUCAAGACCGACUUCGACAACCUGUUCAGCUACGGCACCAAGCAGAACCUAAGUGCUCGCUUCUACGAACUGUACCCCGCCACCACCGCUGACGAGGCCGACGACGCGGUCAACGAGUUCUACCGCGACCUCAGCCGCACCGGUACCUGGGACUGGGCCCUGGACUGGGCUAAGGGAGGCGCCCAGAGCGACGUCUACACCUACUACUGGACCCACGCCCCGCCCACCGAGGGUAGCGGCGGCGCCUUCCAUGGCUCCGAACUCUACUACGCCUUCCACUCCAUCCCCUACGGCGCCACCACGGCCAACUGGACCUCCACCGACUACGCCAUCGCCGACCGCAUGCGCGCCUACUGGGCCAACUUCAUCAAGACCGGUAACCCCAAUGGCGAUGGUCUGCCCACCUGGGACCCCAGCAAGAAGAACGCCACCACCAUGUGGCUGGGUGACUCCUGGGGCAUGGGCGCUACCGCCGAGUCCCAGGCCCGUAUCAACCUGAUCCGGGACUGGUUCAGCUACAAUGUCGAAUGGUAA